AUGUAUCUUCUUACGACUACAAAUAUGUCUGAUCUUUCUUUACCUUUUACAUGUUCUUUCUUUCUUAUAUUGGGUAAAUUGUUUCCUUCUUUCUUUCCAAUUCUCCAUUGUUUCUCUUUUCUCUCCUCUCUCAUUUCGCGUUGUAUUUUUUUUUUUUUUUUGUUUGUCGCUCUUUUGUACUUUCUUUCUUUCUUUCUUUUUUCUUUCUUUCUUUUUCUUUCCUUCUCUUUUCCUUUCUUUCUUUUUUCUUUCUUUUUUUCUUUCUUUUUUCUUUCUUUCUUUAUUUUUUAUUUCUCUCCUCACUUCUAUUGUCUCUCACACUUUUCUCAUCUCUUUUGCGUUGUUUUAUAUAGCGUUGUAUUUUUUUGUUUUCUUUCUCUCCCUUUUGAAUUUUCUAUCUUUCUUUCUUUCUUUCUUUCUUUCUUUCUUUCUUUCUUUCUUUCUUCCUUUCUUUCUUUCUUUCUUUCUUUCUUAAAAUUUCGUUACUACGAUCUUUCUUUCUUUUUUUUAGUCAUCUGUCCUUGCAAAGAUCUGUAUUUCUUCCCUUUCUUCCUUCCUUCCGUUCUUUCUUUCUUUAUUCAUUUUUUCUUUCUUUCUUCAACUGUUUUCAAAUUUUUAUUUCUCCCCUUUCUUUCUUUCUUUCUUUCUUUCUUAACUUCUAGCAUCUUUAUUUCUAACACCUUUCUUUCUUUCUUUCUUUCUUUUUUCUUUCUUUCUUUCUUUCUUUCUUUCUUUCUUUCUUUCUUCAGUUUUGGUAAAUAUUUUUCUUUACUUUUGCUUCAUUUGUCUUUCUUUUUAUGUAGUUUUCUCUAUUUCUUUUUCUUUAUUUUUUCUUUAUUUUUAUUUUCUUCCUUUCUUUCUUUUUUAUUUCUUAACCUUUCGUUACUAAGAUCUUUUCUUUAUUUCUUUAAUCAUUCUUCCUUAGUAGCAUCUUUAUUUCUAACAUCUUUAUUUCUAACAUCUUUCUUUCUUUCUUUCUUUCUUUCUUUCUUGUUCAGUUUUCUUACAUAUUUUUUUUUACCUUUUCUCCAUUUCUUUCUUUUUCCUCUAGAUUUCUCCCUUUCUUUCUCUUUAAUUUUCUUUCUUUCUCUCUUCCUUUCUUUUACAGAUUUUUUUAAAGUUCUAUAUCAAGUUCUUUCAUUUGUGAUUCUCUCCAGUCUUUAUCUUAUUCUUUCCUCUUUAACAUUGCAUCAAUUUCCCCCCCUCUCUUUCUUAUUUUGCCAGUUUGACAUUUAG